AUGCAGCUUUGCAGCGAGGGAGACGAGGCCCUUUUCCUGGGGCGCGUGCGGUUGCUGGACAGGCAAACCGUGACCAGCAUCGAUGACGCAGUGGACAGCCUCAACCGCAGACUUGUCUGGUGUCCCGAGGACGGCUGCGCCGUCUUCAAUGCUGCAGACCGUGCAUAUUACUUGCUCUAUCGCAGCGGCCGCCGCGAGCAGGCUCUGAAGCGCUUGGGGCGGCUGUGCGACGAUGCUUCGAAGGAUCCUCGCAGCCCGGCUGUGGCAAGAAUGGUGCGUCAGGACAGUCUGCAAGGCCCUCCAGCUCGCGGAAGCUUUGGAGCAUCCCCCACCGGCGUGAGGCAGAGUUCGCUGGCAGCACAAGGGCUGCUGCAGUUCCCGCACGAGGAGCUUCCGGCCAUGAAACGGCCCAGCUCCAGGAUUCCAGGCGGCGCCGAGGGCCAGAAGCUUGCACAAACUCCACAGUCGAUGUGCUUUGCGACGACGGUUCUCAAGACCAAGGGCACGUUCAGCACAACGCAGACACCCCUCUUCCCGACCUUCCGUACCCGCAAAGAGAUGGACAAUGCCAAACGCUCGCAUACAUUGUUGCUGGAGCAGGACCUGACGGAGCCCGAGAAGGUUCGAUACGGCGAGCUGACCUUCGUCGAACGUCUGGGUAAAGGAGAGUUCGGCGAGGUUUUCCGUGGCCUGUACCUCAACAAGGAGGUGGCCAUCAAGCAGCUCUUCUUCGAUGAGAACAUGACGGAGUUGGUGGUACAGGAUUUGGCCAGAGAGAUCGACUCCUUUCGCCACCUCAGCCAUAAACGCUUGGUGCGCUUCUUGGGAGCAUGCUUGGAGCUGCCCAAUCUAUGCCUUGUCACAGAGUACAUGCCAGGAGGGUCCCUUCACCACCUGCUGCAUGUGCGACGGCAAAAGCUGCCGGCAAGCCAUGCCAUGAACAUGUGCAUCCAGAUUGCAGAUGGGGUUUCGUACUUACACAGCCAAACCCCUACCAUCGUGCACCGCGAUCUGAAGUCCUUGAACGUUGUGCUGGACUUGAGCUUAAACAUCAAGAUCUGCGACUUCGGCUUGACGGAAUCCAUGGAUCGCACGCACAUCACCAAGAAGAACAACGGUGGCUCUCCAAGGUACAUGGCACCGGAGCUCUUUGACAGCAAGACGAAGAUCACGGAAAAGAUCGACGUUUGGGCCAUGGGCUGCAUCUUUGUGGAGGUCUGCGGAGGGCCUCUACCGUAUGAGAACAUUACAACUUUGGCCGACCUGACCAAAGAGAUGCUUAUCAACAGGCGCACGCCCGACAUUCCUGACUUCAUUCUUGGCUCGAUGCGAGAGAUCUGCAGCAGUUGCCUCAGCUUCCACUACGAAAAACGGCCCAGUAGCCGCCAAGCUUUCGAGCAGCUCAAGGCAGCCAAGCGAGCUUCGCGCGAAGUGAAGCUUACGCUCACCGCAUGA